AUGGUGUCCCGCAACCCGACCAAGAUCGGCAACAAGAUCAAGCGCAAAGAACAACACGUCAAGACAAAACGCGCCAAGGAAAACACAAAGCGCGACGACAGACUCCGCCGCAGACGCACAGAAGACAAGAACCCUGCACUCAGAGAAGCGCGCCGAGCAAAGAACAUCCCGCAAACCAUCGACAGAAAGAGAACGUGGGAUACCGCGGGCGAUGGCGAGGAGAGCGACAAAUUGGGACUAAGCGUGGAUUUGAAUGCCAUCAAGAGAAGGAAGGUUGAAGAUGAUGAUGACGAGGAAGAGCAAGAAGACGAUGAGGAGGCCACUCGCGCACCCUCGCCAACACCCUCGACAGCAGCAACAAACCUCUCCCUGACGCCCGAAGGCCUCGCCUCCAAAUUCCCAGGUCUCUUCGAGCACAACGACAAAGACCCCAAGGUUCUAGUCACCACAUCGAUAAACAGUUUCCUGCACGAAGAAGCCUCCCUCCUCACCUCGCUAUUCCCAAACUCGGUCUACAUCAAACGCACAGCACACUUCCACGCCCACAAAUACUCCAAGAAGCCCGCAGGUCUGGAUAUCGUGCAUCUACCCCAUGGCCCCAUGUUCCACUUUAGCAUCUCAAACUGGGUGGAAGGUGCCAAGCUCCCCGGCCACGGAAACCCAACUUCUCACGAUCCAGAAUUGAUCCUGAACAAUUUCCGCACACCGCUGGGUCUGUUGACGGCGCAUCUGUUCCGCCAGAUCUUCCCUCCGCAACCGCAGAUUCAGGGAAGACAAGUCGUGACUCUACACAACCAGCGCGAUUACAUUUUCGUGAGGAGACACAGAUACGUCUUCCGCGAUAAGCGCGCGACCGAGAAGAGCAUUGUUGGACCGGAUGGAAAACUGGUCGAGGGAGUCGAGGAUAUCAGGGCUGGAUUGCAAGAGCUGGGACCAAGAUUUACACUCAAGUUGAGAAGAAUCGACAAGGGUAUUCAAAGAAGGAGCGGACAGGAAUGGGAGUGGAAGGCUGGUGACGAAAAGGUCAGGACGAGAUUUGCUUUGUAA